AUGAUCCUUCGAACUUCACCCAGCCCCGUGUACCCUUCUUCGUCGCAGAGCCGGGAGGACCGGCAGCGGCUGGGGGAUGCCAUUGAGGAUGGGGCGCUGAGUGCCUUUCCCAUUCAGCCCCUGAGCGUGGGAAGCCAUGGCGCGACGCGGGUCUCCUUCCAUCCCACAGGCGACCCCAACACGACCGAGGUGACGGUGCGGCAUGCCUUCACCGCCCGCUUUGCAGAGGGCCAGAACUUUGCCAACGAAGGCCAGUACAAUGCGGACGAUGGCCCACCCUUGCCCCCGCCCUCGGCCCGGUCCUCCAGCAGCCUGCUGGAUACCCCACCCGACCUGCCGGGGCUGGAGUCGCUGGUGCUCCACCCCCGCACCAUGACCUUCCGGAAGAACCUGGCGCACCUGAAGCCCGCGCUGCCACGUGUACCGCUGCCUGUCGACCCUCUGCCGCAGCGCCACCCACUGGAGCUCGACCCCAAGCACGUGCUGGUGGGGCCCCGCAUUGCCGUGGGCGGCUUCAGCGAGGUCUUCAUCUGCAAGUACCAGGGCAGCCUGGCGGCGGCCAAGCUGCUGCUCAACCUGUCGCCCAAGGGGCGCGAUGCUUUCCUCCGCGAGGUGGAUGUGCUGGCCACGCUGCGCCACCCCAACCUCCUCCUCUUCCAGGGCUUUGUGCUGUCACCCUACCUUGGCAUCGUCACAGAGUACAUGGCACGGGGCAGCCUGUUCAAGGUGAUGCGGGCCAGCGCCGAGGGCCCGCUCCCCCUGCGCCUGGUGCGCACCGUGGCGGUGCAGGUGGCGCGCGGCAUGGCCAGCCUGCACUCCCGCCCCCAGCCGCUGCUGCACCUGGACCUCAAGUCGCCCAACAUCCUGCUGGACGACAAGUGGCGCGUGAAGAUUGCCGACUUCGGCCUGGCCCGCCUCAAGGUACACGCGCAUGUGACCCCGGGCGCGCCCUCGGGCACGCCCGAGUGGAUGGCGCCCGAGGUCCUGCGCUCCGAGCCCUACGCGGAGGGCGCCGACGUGUACAGCUACGGCGUGGUGCUGUGGGAGAUGCUGACGGGGCAGCAGCCCUGGGAGGGGCUGCUCCCCGUCCAGGUGGUGGGCGCGGUGGGGUUCCAGGGCAAGACUCUGCCCCCGCCCGCCACGGGCGACCCCUUCCUGGCCCGGGUCUGCGAGAGCUGCCUCAGCCAGCUGCCGGGCGCACGCCCCAGCUUCGACGCCAUCCUGCAGGAGCUGGAGCAGGAGUUUGCGCCCUCCGGCUACUCCAAGCUGAGCCACUCGCUGAGCGCCGCCGGCAUGCACCUGCAGGCGCAGGGCGAGGGCCGCGACUCCGGCAUGCGCACCGGGUCCACCAUGCAGCGCGGCAGCUACGAGGAGGGUGCGCGCCCCACCACCAGCAGCACGCGCCCCUCCUUUUCGCUCCUGUCCAGCGCCGCCGGGGGCGUGCGCGGGUCCAGGGGGGACGCCUCCCUCCGCAGCUCCUUUGAGGGCGUGGGCGAGGGGCGUCCUGCCGCGGCCUACCCCACCCACGUGCCCCUGACCGGCCUGCAGCAGGGCGCACUGACGGUGCUCAGCGCGCUUGGCGCGCUGGCCUCCCCCCGGCGCGCCGACCUGGUGGCCGCCGUGGGCGAGACCAGCGCCGGCCCCGCGCUGGCCGCGCUGCGCCGACGCAUGACCCUGGACCCCCGCGGCGCCGACAUCCUGGCGGAGAGGCCACGCGUGACCGAUGCGCUGUUGCGGCGCGCGGCGGCCCUGCCGCCCGACACCUUUGGUGGGGCCUACGCCGCCUUCAUGGGCACGCGCGGCUUCUCGGCCGACGAGCGGCCGCCCGUGCGCUUCGUGGCCGACGCCGAGCUGGCCUACAUCGUCACACGGGCGCGGGAGGUGCACGACUUCUGGCACGUCCUCUUUGGCUGCCACACCAACGUGCAGGGGGAGGUGGCACUCAAGGCGGUGGAGUUCCUGCAGACCGGCCUGCCCAUGACGGCGCUCGCGGUGGUGGCGGGGGAGCUGCGCCUGCCCGCCGAGCAGAGAGCCGAGCUGAACAGGACCUACCUGCCGUGGGCGCUGCAGGCGGGCGCCCAGGCCGCAGACCUCAUGUGCAUUCCCUACGAGAAGCACCUGGAGGACAACCUGGACGAGCUACGGCGCAGGUACCGCAUCAUCAUCGCCCCGGCCACUGCCGGUGCGGCAGCCAGAGCCGGCUCUCCUACGCCGCCCCUGGGCGCUGCUCCCCCCGGAUUUGAGGGGCUUGGCCCUGGUGUUGAGGGCGGCACUGCAGCCCAGCUGCACGAGACCAGCGGUCGACUGGGUCCUGUGUGA